AUGAAGAGGGUCAGCUGUCAGCAACAGUAUGAGGACCCUGCUGACAACACCAUCAAUAUCACUGCUGUGAUUGCACAAACAAGUAUAAAUAAUCAUCUGUUUAACGUUUUCUCUGUUCUUCUCUUUCCUGCAUUGAACAGGUGUAACAUCCUGAAAUCUUCACCAUUCUCCUCCUGUAAUGCUGUUGUUGAUCCAGAGUCAUACAUAAUUGCCUGCAGAAAUACUUUGAACAAGUAUCCUGCAGUGGACGGUCUCAGGUGUCAGUUCCUUAAGGCCUACGCCAAAGCCUGCCAGAAGAGUCAAUCUACCGUGCAGAACUGGUGGACAGCAGCUAAGUGCCACCACCCUGAGCCCAUCUGUCUGGACAAAUGCAGUGACCAUGAGUUCUGUGGAGAUAUCCACGGAAACACUGACUGCCGCUGUAGAGCCAUUUAUGCCUCACAGUACACUGAACAGAACAGACUGGGAGGUCCAACUGUCUGCAAGGACAACACUGCCUCACUCACUCUGGUGGGUUGUCUCCUGAAGGAAAACGGCAUCGACUACAAUCACCUACACCUCAAUGACAAGACCUGCACAGGUGUGAUGGACCCCGAGAGUCACAUGCUGGAGUUCAGCUUUAGCAGUGACAGUUGUGGAACAGAGGUCAUGGGACCCACGACAGUAACUUUCAGCAACUGCUCUGUGGAAGUUGUCCUUGAGUCUGGAGAGUGGCACUACAGCUUGACCAUGAAGGCUUACUCUGAUGCUGCCCAAACCCAACUUUUGGGUCCAAACAGUGAUGUCAGGCUGAACCAGAAGAUCUGGAUUGUGCUGGAGACCAACGGUCUGGAUGCAGAGGUGGUUUCUGUGGUGACCGACUCCUGCUGGGCAACCAGUGGGAACUCACCCAGCAGCUCUCCCAGAUAUGACCUGAUCACAGACGGGUGA